AUGUUGCGCACAAAAACAGCACGAAGAUACUUGGGUACUGGUGGGACAUUUGCGUCAAUUGCUGUUUAUUUUGGUAGAGGAGAAUCUACAGUUGGCGGAAUUGUGACGGAAACAGUAAAAGUGAUUUGGGAAGUGUUGGAAAAAACAUUCAUGCCAAUACCAAGUACAGAGCAGUGGAAAGGAAUAGCAAAUCGUUUUGAAACACUCUGGAAUCUCCCAAAUUGUAUAGGGGCCAUCGAUGGCAAACAUGUAAGAAUUGAAAAAUUUCCAAAUAGUGGUUCUUCUAAUUUCAAUUACAAGUCGUAUCAUUCUAUGGUGUUAAUGGCUUGUUGCGAUGCUGACGGGUUAUUCACUAUUAUCGAAACGGGGUUUCCCGGAAUAAACAGCGAUGGGGGUAUAUUCAGUGCCUCCGCAAUGAAAUAUUGGAUCCAAAAUGCAGGACUUAAUAUCCCUCCUCCCACACCAUUAACAUACGAUGAAAACGAUAGUCCGUUUCCUUAUUACUUUGUGGCCGAUGAGGCAUUUCCGUUGUUGAAAUAUGUGAUGAGACCAUACCCAAAAAGAAUUUUAGAUAAUGUGAAAAGAAUAUGCAACUAUAGAUUUAGCAGAGGGAGAAAAACCAUUGAGUGUACGUUUGGGAUGGCAUGUGAAAAAUUUGCUGUUUUGAAUGGUCCUAUUCGUAUCAGAGAUCCAGAAAAUGUGAAUUUGGUCAUAAAAGCAGCUUGUAUACUUCACAACUACGUACGGAAAAAAGAAGGACUUCAGUAUACACCUACUUAUUCUACAAGUUGUGAAUCAAAUAACCACAUUGACGUAAUACCUUUACCACAAAACUUGACUAUAAACAUAACCUCUUCUGCAGCUGCUCUUAGAAAUUAUAUAGCAAACUAUUUUCUUACACCUCAAGCAUCUUUGCCUCGGCAAUGGAAAUAUGCUAUUAAUUAG